AUGGCUAUCUGUCGAGAUGACCUCUCCAUUAUGUUCUACGUGGAGCUACCUGAAUCCAUUUUGGAUGAAUUCCAUCCUUUCAUUGAGGCCCUCCUCCCUCAUGUUCGGGCCUUCGCCUACACCUGGUUCAACCUCCAAGCCCGGAAGCGCAAGUACUUCAAGAAACACGAGAAACGGAUGACGAAAGACGAGGAGCGGGCUGUCAAAGACGAGCUGCUCAACGAGAAGCCGGAAGUGAAGCAGAAGUGGGCUUCGCGCUUGCUGGCCAAGCUGCGCAAGGACAUCCGGCCCGAGUACCGGGAGGACUUUGUGCUCUCCAUCACGGGGAAGAAGCCCUCGUGCUGCGUCCUCUCCAACCCUGAUCAGAAGGGAAAAAUGCGCCGAAUCGACUGUCUCCGCCAGGCUGACAAAGUCUGGCGUCUCGACCUCGUCAUGGUGAUCCUCUUCAAAGGAAUCCCCCUGGAGAGCACGGAUGGGGAACGCCUUGUGAAGGCCGCACAGUGCACCAACCCUGUCCUCUGUGUCCAGCCACACCACAUCAGUGUCUCGGUCAAGGAGCUCGACCUCUACCUGGCAUAUUUUGUCCGCGAGAGAGAUUCAGAUCAAAGCAGCAGUCCCAGGACGGGAAUCGGUUCUGACCAGGAGGAUAGUAAACCCAUAAUCACGCUGGAUGCAGCAGAUUACCAAGAGAAUUUUGUUACGUCAGGUGUAUUCAGUGUCACAGAACUUAUUCAAGUUUCCCGGACACCAGUGGUGACAGGCACAGGUCCAAAUUUCUCUUUGGGAGAGUUGCAAGGGCACUUAGCAUAUGACCUGAAUCCCUCGAGUACAGGGAUGAGGCGGACGCUCCCCAGCACUUCCUCCAGUGGGAGUAAACGGCAUAAGUCAGGCUCCAUGGAGGAUGAUCUGGAUACCAGCCCUGGGGGCGAAUACUAUGCCUCCCCUAGCUCCCCCACAAGUAGCAGCCGCAACUGGACGGAGGACAUGGAAGGGAGCAUCUCUCCAACUGUGAAAAAGACAGAAAUGGACAAGUCUCCCUUCAACAGCCCAUCUCCGCAAGACACUUCACCCCGGCUGUUCACUCAGCAUCACCGUCCUGUCAUUGCCGUACACAGUGGUAUCUCUCGAAGUCCCCACCCCUCCUCUGCGCUGCACUUUCCCACCACCUCGAUCCUGCCCCAGGGGGCCUCCACCUACUUCCCGCACACAGCCAUAAGGUACCCGCCUCAUCUGAAUCCACAGGACCCUCUGAAAGACCUCGUCUCAUUGGCUUGUGACCCAUCCAAUCAACAACCAGGACCGUUAAAUGGAGGUGGUCAAGUGAAGGUACCCGGGCAUUACCUUUCUACCCAGAUGUUGGCGCCGCCACCCCCAGGUAUGCCCCGCCUGGCAAUCUCACCUGACACCAAAUCUACCACGACAACUUCCGAGGGAGGGACCACCUCGCCGACGUCUCCCACCUACUCCACCCCAGGCACACCCCCUGCGAACCGCUUCGUGGGAUUAGGACCACGGGAUCCUGGCAGCAUCUAUCAGGCACAGUCCUGGUAUCUAGGCUAGUUGCAGCUUCCAUCUGCAUCAUCAUCAUCAUCACCAUCAUCUUCCUUUCCUCCCCCCGGGCUUUGGGCUUCCUUUGAGGAGAACAGUGCAGCCCUCCCACCCUUGGCCCAAACCUUGGGGGCAGCAUGGAGAGAGA